GGGUCAUGAAAUCAAACGCACCGCGUUGCAGAUAUAGCCCAAGCGCAGUAAAUCGAGUAGGCCUUUAUUUGUAAACAUGGAGCUCGUCCGCAUGUUGGAGAGUUAUCGAGGGAGGGACAAAAUCAUUCGGUUGUGUACCUAUGCCGCCAUGUGUGUGGGAGGCAGUGGCCAGGGGAACUUCCACAAGAAAUUACUGACCAUUUCCGCGGAAUUAGGUGGUGCUAGAACCACCAUGCGUCUGUUUGACGACCUUUCUAUGCUGUUUUCUAACUUGAAGUACGGGACAGGUGCUCAGGAAAAGAAUCCCUUGGUUCGCCUGAUGAGCCUGGUCACAAACAUCACGUACCAAAUCUUCUUUCCUGUGGAGCACAUCUAUUGGCUGGCUGAUAAAAAAGUACUCACUUCGUUCACACCAUGGAAAUGGGUGGUCGGCAGUAUUGUAGCCUGGGCAGUAGCUCUGUUUGCAGACAUGAUCAAAAUGGUGGCAAAAAUAGUGUCCUUAAAGAAGGAACUCGGAGAACUCAGGAAACAAAAGCUGUUACAGUCCUCAGAAGAAAGCGAGGAUCAGGUAAGGUCAGAAAGAAAGACAACUGUGGUUAGGGAGAUUCAGGAGAGUUAUCUAACCUUGAUUCAAGACAUGGCUGACUUCACCAAUGCUAUCAGCUGGCUUCCUCCAGGCUUGGUCCUGUGGUCAGGAAAAUUAUCACGCUUCCAGAAUGGAAUAUUUGGAAUGAUAUCCUCCAUUAUUCUGCUGUACAAAGCAUGGCCAAGUAAGCAAAAGAGUUCCUAGUCAAUUGUGAAGUGAAUUGUUGAAUUAUAAACUGUUUUUAUGGUGCUUAAAAUCCAUUUUGUUGUAUUUUAUGUAUAUAUUAAUUUGUAAUUUAUGUAUACAGUAUUCAAAUUAAAUUGUCAUUAAUGUCAUAUUAAACUUUUUACUCUUUCAUUUUUUAAAGAAUUACUCGGUUAAAUGCAACACAAUUUUACAUAGAUUAUUCAUGUGAAUGGAAUUUAAGUACGUUAAGAUUAAUGUGCAUGCGUCUUCUCAAGAACAAUUAUGGGAACAGUAAAGAAAAACUUAGGUGAGUGCCUCCUGACAUAGUGUAUGUUCCAGGUGUAUUCAAUUAAGUGUGUUUUGCUAUGUAAGACAGAGAUGUAUACCGUUCAUAUUUGGAGGGGGGCUCUUGCUUCUAGUAUUUCUUUCAACCAUGUUCACUUUAUUAAAUAAGAAAUUUUAUUCGCAUAUUUAUGUUAACUUGAAAACAAGUAGUCUUGAAAUUCUACUGUUACAGUUACGCGUAUAAAGCAUUAAUGCUUCUGACCAAAUGUAGAUUUAAGUUUUGAAUUCUCAUUAAAGUUUAACAAUAAUCAUAUUAAAAUUCAAAGAGUAAGAAACUUAAUCUUUUUACAGCACUUUUAAAACUCUUACUACUCAAUUGAUAGUUGUUGAAGUUGAAAAUUCUUGUUUUGCUACUUAGUUUUUGAUUUAUUAUGUGGUUUUUAAAAAUAUAUUUAUGUGAGUGAUUAUUCAAGUAUCCUUAAUAUUUUGAGUAUUAUACAUAUGAGAUCGCUUUCAUGCAUUUGUUGAAGUGAGAGACCUUAGAAGAUUGUUGUUCUUAUGUGUAUAUACUAGAUUUUUGUACUUAAUUAUAUAUUCAUGAGUAUGUUCUGCUUCAACUCACUGUGAUAUUGAAGGCCAAUGAAAAUCCUUGUUUUGUUACGUAAAUCCGAUAAUUAUUAUCUCCUCAUAUUGUGAUGAAUGUACAUUUGUAAAUCAUGCGCUGAAAUAAGGAUGAUUUGAAAAUUUG